UUGGCAAGUGAGACAAAGCCCUCCUCAUGUGGGCACAAGGGCGUGUCGAUCUGCCGGCUGGGCAGGGCCAGGCGGGGCUCAUAUAACAGCGCGGAGAGGCGCGCGCCGAGGCUGACUCUGGUGAUCGCCGUCUCUUUCUGCGCCACUGCUCGGUCCCACUGCACGCUGCCAAGAUGAUGGUCCACGAGCUGAUGAAGCACAUGAACCGCGGCGAGGGGGACACCGAGCUCCCGAUUCCCUUCACCUCGUUCCGCGGGGUGGAGAAGACCCAGCCCAACUCCAACGCCAAAUCCGAUGCCGAGGCCAUCGAAGCCGCCAUCAAGACCAAGGGAGUGGACGAGCUGAAGAUCAUCGACGUCCUCACCGACCGCAGCAACGUGCAGCGGCGCGCCAUCGCGCAGUCCUACCAGCAGCUCUACGGCAAGGACCUGCCGAGUGCCCUCAAGGCGGCGCUGUCGGGACGCCUCGAGUCCGUGGUGCUCGGACUCCUCAAGAGCCCCGCCGAGUUCGACGCUGACGAACUCAACUGGUCCAUGAAGGGCCUUGGCACGGACGAGGAGACGCUCAUCGAGAUCCUCGUGUCCCGCUCCAAUGCGCAGCUGCGCGAGAUCGGCAAGGUCUACAAGGCCGUGAACAAGGUUGAGCUCGAGAAGGACAUCAGCUCGGACACGUCCGGAGACUUCCAGAAGUUGCUGCUGGCGCUCGCCAAGGGGAACCGAGAUGAGAGCAGCAACAUCGACGAGGAGCUCGUGGAGCAGGACGCGCGGGAUCUGUUUGCGGGCGGCCUGCAGAGGAAGGGCACCGACGUCCCCAAGUUCAUCAGCAUCUUCACCUCGCGGAGCCUCCCCCACCUCAACAGAGUGUUUAUUGUCUACAAGAACUUCAGCGAGAUCGACAUGGAGGGCACCAUCAACAAGGAGAUGAAGGGAGACGUCAGGGACACGUUCCAGGCGCUGGUGAAGUACAUCCAGAGCCCGCCCGGCUUCUUCGCUGACAAACUCUACGAGUCCUUGAAGGGUGGACUCAAGGAGAAGGUGCUGACGCGUGUGAUGGUGUCGCGCUGCGAGGUCGACAUGAUGGACAUCCGCAAGCUGUUCAAGGACAAGUACGGGAAGUCGCUGUACUCCUUCCUCACCGCAAAGACCAAGGGCGACUACCAGAAGAUCCUGUUGGCCAUGUGCGGCGGGGAUGACCUGUGAUCCUCCACGAGGGUCCAAGCUGCGGGGGCGGCCGUGGGGGUUCACGGAGCAGAGUUCGAAGAGGAGAUGCACGGAUCAAGAUUCCCCCCUCCCGCACGCAUACAUACACGGGGCUCCGAGUCGCGCCCAUGUCAAUAUUCAAUUGUGUUCUUAGACUCGCCAUCGACACCAUCAUCAUCGCCAUCAUUGCCAUCACCACCGCCGCUCUGCACCGUGGAGGCCACGUGGGUCAGGGCUCCAAGUCGCCGGGUGCUUUUUUUUUCGCCGAUUAUCCCAGCGAUGCCGUCCUCGUCACCGCGUGGACUAACCGCGUGGCAUCACCGCGCGGCCAGUCUGUGCGGUGAUGCCAUGCGGAGUCACCGUGGAGUUCCACAGCUUCCUUUGCCAAGACGCGAACAGGGGUCGUGGGGUCGCGAGGUUGCGGCUUGGGGUCUGGAGGGCGCCCACCGUCCGGUUGGCACCCUCUGUGGGUCGACGGCCACCGGGUAACCGACGCGCGGGUUCGCUCACAAUCGCCACGUGGUCCCCGCGCGACGUCGUGAACCAGGCCACGGCGCCGUCUCGCUCACCGCUCCACGGAGACGGGAGCGUUGUCCGCGGACCAGAGGAGAGCACGUACCACGUGACGCGCCCGAUUACAAUAGCAGUCGUCACUCGCAACUCGCGUCACCGCUUCGCGGAACCUCUUGUCGCUGGCAACUGCCCCGUCGCGCAGACUCGAUAGUGCCUCAAUAAAUCCUGUAACCUCC